AUGAAAUCAAAUCGAGUAUGGGAUCUAAUUGAACACACACUUCUUGCUUGUAUUCGACCAAAAGUUCACAAAAUACGUGGAGAUCUACAAGCUGUCUCUUACAAUCAUCAUACACAUUCUAUUCUCUUUGUUGCAAGUGAACAAAUUUCAUUUCUUAAUCUCAAACUACGACCAUAUCUUCAUGCUGAUGUUGUUGUUUCACAUUAUGAACCCAUUCUCGGUCUGCUCUUCAUCAAAGAGUUCAAACAAGUGGUUUCAUGUACUGAAAAUGGCGUUGUUCGUCUGUGGGAUCUUCUCACAGGAAAAAAAGUUCACGAAUUUCAGGCUCAUCAAGGUCAAGCCAUCACUUGUAUGACAUUAGACACAACUGAACGACGACUAGUCACCGGAAGUCGAGAUGGAUCAUGUGCCAUCUGGAAUGUUCAUAAUGGUCAACUUCUCAAAAUAUUCAAAAGACCUCAUGAUGCACUCGAAGUCACGGCUGUCGCCUUUGUUGUAGUCAACAACAACUGUUCGAUCUUGGCUGUUGGAUGGGAUAGACAUGUGAAUGUUUUCAACGAUGAUCAAGAACAGAUCAAACAGAUUUGUUAUCCCGAUGAUGAGUUUUGCAAAGGUGAUGAUGUUCAUCAUGGUCAUUUUCAUGAUAUUCUGUGUGUCGAUAAAUCACAAGGUGAUCUGAUUGCUACGGGUGAUUAUGGUGGAAUAAUUAUUGUGUCAAAUCUAUCAAGCAAGAAGAUAUUUGUCACUCUCAAAGAUAAUCAACAUCGAAAUGAAGAUGAAGUCAAUCCAAAUGAUCGAGCGGUGAAUCGUGUGAUAUUUAUUGAUUCGAGAUUCGGUCGACAUGGUGCAGCGAAUUUGAUCAGUAGUGGUCCAUUUGGUGAAAUUCAUUUUUGGAAUAUUUAUAGGAAUGGAGUUCUUAUGGGCAAAUUUCGACCAAAUAGAGAAAGAAAGAGUACAGUAACACAAAUCAAACUCGAUUCCAUGUGUCGUUUGUUGUUUGCUGCUGAUUCAUUAGGUUUUCUAUUUAUUUAUGAAAUAGAAAGAUAUGCACUUCAUCCCGAGUCCAGUCCACCUCGUUGUUUGAGAAGUUGGCGAGGUCAUGUAGAUAGUGUCACUGGUCUUGAGUAUAUCGAACAAGCUCAAGUGAUUAUCACUUCUUCACUUGAUUGGACCAUUCGAUUAUGGAAUUUACAUGGCUUCUUCAUUGGUACAUUUGGUCAAUCGAUUCCAUGGAACUUGUAUGAUCCUGCUACAUAUCAACAUCCAUCAGUUCCACUCGAUGUUCUCACUGAUCCAAAAAGUCUACCGAAAAAGACACUUCCGGACGAUGGAGAAGAAGAAGCAGACGAAGAAGAGGAGAAGAAAAAGAAAAAGACAACAGCAGUGACAUCGACAACAACUAAUACAUUUAAAAAUAUGAUGAUUGAUGAUGAGACAAUUGCCAAUAAUGUUCAUGAAACACUGAACAAAGUGCGUGAAGUUCAAUCAGCUGGUUUAGCUGACUUCGAUAUUUUCAUGAUAAACCAAAUGUUUCACUUCGUCGUGAUGGUUCGAGUUAUUAUCAACAUUUGCGUUGUUAUACGAUUGAUGACAAUCCACCAACAANAUGUUCAUGAAACACUGAACAAAGUGCGUGAAGUUCAAUCAGCUGGUUUAGCUGGUAAAAGACUUCGAUAUUUUCAUGAUAAACCAAAUGUUUCACUUCGUCGUGAUGGUUCGAGUUAUUAUCAACAUUUGCGUUGUUAUACGAUUGAUGACAAUCCACCAACAACGUCAACAUCAACAAACGACAACACGAUGCAUUUGGCUAACUCAGUCAAAUCAUAA